CAUGUUCUUUUGAUGCUUAACUUCAUCCAAUAUCUCAGGAAAAAUCAUCUUCCUUCGGACAACUUUGUCAACAGCAUCAGAGAGGGAAGUUGGCUAAAGACAUCUUGUGGUCCUAGGUCUCCUGUGGGAUCAGUAUUGAAUGAUUCCAGAUGGCAAGUUGCAUCACAAAUUAGUGAUAUUCCUUUCAUUGAUCAUACUUAUUAUGGUGAGGAGGAAAUAUUUAAUUACAAAGAGGAGCUCAAGUUGCUAGGAGUGAUAGUUGACUUGAGUGGAAAUUACCAAGUUGUCAUUGACCAUCUAAAAUCACCAUGUUUGGCCUCUUUGUCAGCUGAGGCUUUUCUUUUGAUAAUGGAAUGCAUCAGAUAUUUGAAGGCUCCCAGUAACCUCUUAAAUACACUAAAGGGGGUGAGUUGCUUGAAGACAAGCAUCGGUUUCAAAACACCAGCUGAAUGUUUCUUGUAUGACAAGGUCUGGGGUUGCAUUUUGGAGGUAUUCAAUUGUCUUCCUGUUAUUGAUCAUAAAUUUUAUGGGGAGAAGAUUUUCAGUUACAAAGAUGAAUUGAAGCAAAUAGGAGUGGUAAUAGAUUUUAAGGAUGCUAUCAAAAAAUUUGCUUGUGUCUUCGAACAAAAGGCAUCAGAAACUUCAAUUAACCAACAACAUGUUCGGUCACUUCUCUCCUGUUGCAGGCUGUUGAAGGGAACUGAUUAUAGUUUUCCUUCUGAUUUCUCACUCAUCAUAGGUAAAUUUGAGUGGUUGCAUACUAGUGUUGGUGAUUUUAGGUGCCCAAAAAAAUGCAUUUUAUAUGGUCCAGAGUGGAAAUCAAUAUCUUCUAUAACUUGUCUCCCUUUCAUUGAUUGCAAUGAAAAAUGUGGUUUGGAUGAGUACAAGGAAGAACUGAAGAACAUUGGUGUCAUUACUGAAUUGAAAGAUGGAGUGAGGUUUGUGCCUGAAUGUCUGAAUUUUCCUUCAGAUCCCUCCACCAUUAGUCCCGAAAGUGUGUUUUCCUUGCUAGAAUGCAUCCGAAGUCUAAUGGAAGAGCAUAAGCUUUCCAUUGAAGAUGGUUUCAGAAAAAGAUUGUCCAAUAAUUGGUUGAAGACACAUGCUGGUUAUAGGUCACCGGAGAAGUCUUUGUUGUUUGAUUCUGAGUGGAGUUCUUUCUUGAAUCCAACUGAUGGGCCUUUUAUUGAUGCGGAUUUUUAUGGACCUAAAAUUGAAGUUUACCAGAAAGAACUCAACGCAAUAGGGGUCACUAGCGAUGUUGAUAAUUUUUGCUCCUUGCUUGCCAGUCAUCUUGAAUCUCUCUCUGAUCAUGAUACCAUUGUGAAAAUAUAUCUGUACUUACAUGAACACAACUGGAAACCUGAGAAGAAUGCUGCCAAAAAAGUUUGGAUUUUGGAUGGAAUUAAAGGUGGUAAGUGGGUUGAUUCUGAAGAAUGCAUCGUACACGAUCCUGCUAAACUUUUCGGUUCAAAAUUUUAUAUUCUAGAAGAUAUCUAUGAUAACAACGAUAUUCUUCGUUUUUUUCACCAUAAAGUGGACAUCAAGAAUAAGCCCUCACUAGAAGAUUAUGUUGACCUUUGGAAUGAUUGGGGGAGUUCAAUGGAGCAAUUGUCAUAUGAAGAGUGCUGCAACUUCUGGACGUCCAUCUCGAUUCAUUUGAGCAUAAAUGAAGAGAAAAAACUUGAUGAUAAUUUGUUGAUGAAACUACCUGCAACAUCAGAAAACAAUGAAAUAUUUCUGGUAGAUAAGAAAGAUGUUUUUAUUCCUGAUAACCUUCACAUGAAGAAGCUUUUUGAGAGGGAGAAAGUUUUUGUAUGGUAUCCUCAGCAUAACUCGACAGCAUUGUCAAAGCGUAAACUGUCUGAGAUUUACAGAAAAAUUGGUGCUAGAAAUAUCUCUGAAUCAGUAAGCAAAGAAGAAUCAUCCUUAAUGAAUGAUGAUGGUAAACUCAAGUAUGUGGAUCCAAAUAAUAUUUUCAGCUUAAUGGGCUUGGUUAAGCUUACUCUUGGUUUUCUUGCUUGUUCUAGCCUGAAAAUGGAACCAAAAAAGAGACAUGAAGCUGUUCAGAGUCUUCUCAACUUGAGUUUCCAUGAGACACUGGAACCAAUCGAUGUAAGCUAUAGUUUAUCAUUAUCCUCAGGGGGCGUCAUUACCAAGAAAGCAAACAAAAGAGUGCGUUGGGAAAGUCAAGGUUGCAAGUUUAUCAUCCAGAAGAUGGAUGGAGAUCUUGGCGAUUCAUGGAAAUAUGCUACAAAUUUUUCUGAGGCAAUAUCUGAAGGUGUUUUGCGUGGGAAUCAAGAUCAUGUUCCUGCACUCUCUGAACUAAUCACAUACGGUUUUUUUCUGAAAUUCAAGAAUGAAGAAAUUGAUUUUCUAAUGGAAUCCAAGAAUCUGCAGAUUGACCUUGAGGAUGAGGAGUUCCUCAGCUCUGCCUUCCCUUAUGACUAAGUCUAUAUGCCACUACUUGUGUUUUCUGAUAGAUUAUUGUUUUUCAGUUUGCUUGUUUAUUUUUAAUUUUGUUUUCCUCACAGUGAUUAUAUGCCUGAAUUAUCUAAUUAUGAGUCUACAAUAUUUUGCUUUUAUCUGAUGAGCACUUUUUAGAUUUUAUAUGACUGCACUUAUAGGCAGUGGAAUGUCACUGUGGUUGUUGAUACAAUUGCUACUAUUAUAGUUGGAAGUAUUGCACAAUUCAAGUGACCAAUGCCUCAACCAUUUCUUUAUGGAGUUUCAUAAAAUCCUUUAAUAAAACUGGGAAAGUCUAUCAGUGAA